AUGUCCAAGACAUUAACCGUGCCACAAAGGCUGGCUCUCAGCAAAUGGGCCCAUACUCUAGGCGACACCACACCAACUCUCCCUCUUGCUGCCGAAUGGGUGAAGGAGCAGUUCGGGAAAGACGUAUCUGAGGCCGUGAUUCAGUCCGUCCUCGAACGAACUAAUCCGCGUGAUGUCUUGCACGCCUACGACGAUGGUGAGAUCGGGCCUCUCAUCCGUCCGGGGUUCGGCUACGACUUAACAGUCAUACCCAGGGGCGCGUUCCCAAGUGCCACGCACGACUGGAAUGCGUCGACGCUGACGUUUUUGGAGUUGGCCAUGCUGUGGUUUAUCGAGCAGAUCACCAACAAGCCCGACUGGCAUGUCAAGGUCUUCAACGAUGACAUUGUCUCCAAGUGGAAGACGGAGGUCAUGGCCGUCGACUGGGAAGCCGUGGACCUCGCACACGCUCAUUUCACUGACGCCAUGUUUGAUUGGUGCCUCGCUGAGCUCCGCGAGAAAGCUAAACUGUAUGAGGCUACUGGACUCGUGCCCGUCUUCGACGUGACGACCGCUGUCCUCAAGUCCGACAACGCCAUCCCCCCAGAAGUCAAGGAGGAACUCAAAAAUGGCGUGGCCGUCCUCGAAGACCUACAGGAACACGAGAAGGACUGGCAUCCAGGCAGUGACGGCAAAGUCCUGGACCUGGUCCACCCCUCUCUCUGGCCUCUUGUCUACGGUCUUUCCCGCAUCGUCCCUGACAAACGCAUCCCUCUCAAAGGCACUGUGAAGGCAUGCGGCACAGGCCAGGCCAUUCCAGAACUGGUACAGAAGCCUGAAAACCAUCGAUCUACUUGGAGUCCCUUUUACGAUCGCUCCACAGGGCAUAGCUUCUCUCAUAGGUUCCAGUGGCUCCCGUGCGAUAUCGACAUCGAACAUGGCAAGCCCAGCAUUGUGAGCUACAUCAAUAACCUCCAUCCCGAUCGCCAUGCCGGGCUUUACACUACCAUCGAAAAGGUCAUCGCAAAGGCACUGCCAAUGUGGGAUGUCAUCUACAGGUGGCACAAAGACUUUGAGGUCCUCCGCAUAACUUGCAAGGCAGUCGGGAGAGAUUGUCAAGCCGGGUGCACCGAAUGUUGCUCUCAAUACAACCGGCCCUUGGAGCCGGACGAAGAAGAGCGCGACAUGGAUGAAUAUUGGGAAGAAGAAGACCAGGAAACCCCGUCGCAGACCUGGCAGCGAGACAAGACCUGGUUCAACAGGACUCAUCCCGUCAAGAGGCCCGACGUGCCCGAGUACAGACCCAUGCGGCUCCAGCCCGAGGACGUCAACCUCAAAGGCGGCUUCUUCAACGGUUCCGACCGCAUCCAGGUCAUCGUCAAGCUUGCCAACAUCCACCUCUCGCCCGAGAAGCCCACCUAUGAUGGCGGGUCCUGGCACAUCGAGGGCCAGGUCAACGAGCGCAUCUGCGCCACAGCGCUGUACUACUACGACAACGACAACAUCACCGAAAGCAGCCUCGCUUUUCGCACCACAGCCGACAAAGAGGAGCUCAUGUCAACGCUAAGCUACGAGCAGGACGACUACUACUGCAUCGAACGCACCUUCAAGAUCGACGGCCAGGGGAUAAAUACCCAGGAGCUCGGCAGCGUGCUCACGCGCGAGGACCGACUGCUGGCUUUCCCGAACGUGUACGAGCACUUAGUGGCGCCGUUUGAGCUCGUCGACAAGACAAAACCGGGACACCGCAAGAUCCUGGCGCUGUUCUUGGUGGACCCGGCCAUCCCGAUCAUCAGCACGGCAAACGUGCCGCCGCAGCAGAGAGACUGGUGGAAGGAAGGCGUCAUGCCCAGUAACCGUAUGGGGCCACUGCCUGCAGAGGUUGCCGACAUGGUGUUUGACAACUUGGACUUCCCGAUCGGUCUUGAGAAGGCCAAGAAGCUUAGGGAGGAGCUGAUGGCGGAGAGGACAAAGAUUGCAAGAAGUAACCGAUCCAACAGGCGCGAUCGCAGAUGGAACUUUUGCGAGCAUUGA